ACCUUUUCCUUCCAGAGGGGAGUCUCUUGUUUUCAAUUCUCUCUCUCUCUCUCUCAAGAUUUCCUAAAUUAAUGCAUGAAAUUCUCUAUAUAUUUGCACCACUGGGUCAUUGUUCUUCCGUGUUGAUUUGUGGAUCUUCUCUUCGUAUGGUUUCAAGAUUUUCUUCAGGAGAGAUUUUGGGGGUUCGGGUCAGGUUUUUCUAGGGUUUCUUGUAUUAAUUGAUUAUCGUGAAUUUAUUGAACAUUGAUUUUUGGGACGAAGGGAAAAAAUUUAUUGGGGCCCGUCUCCUCAAAUGGGUCGCAGGAAAAAGUAUAAGAAACCCUGUACAUGCCAAGGUACGAAAUCUUGGGACUUCUUAGCGUUUCCAUCUGGAAGAGAAUUGUUAUGAUGUUACUUUCUUUCUGAAUCUUUCGGAUGAUGGGUCUAGUGAAUCGGUUUUGAUAUGAGUAUUCCAUUGCCUAAAUUGCAGGGAUUUACCAAAAGUUGCAGUUUUUCUACAGUUGUUGUGACUAUAACUUCAACGGUAGAUUUUAUGUUGAUUGAUUGUUAUUAGGUAAAAUGGUUGGUAAAGAGGAAUUUUCUUGGGGCUAAUUUAGUGUUUGAUAUGGGUAUUUUUUAGGAGUGUUCAGAAAAAAAAAAAAAAAAAAGAGGUAAAUUUAGUUUAAUUUGGGUUCUCUAUGAUCUCUAAAGCUAGGGAUAGGUAGUAGCUUCGAUUGCCCUAUGGAGUGUCUGGGGAAGAAGAGGAAGGGAUUUGAGAUCUCAUCAGAGUGCCAAAAGGAUUUUGAUGAACAGACUGAAUUGGCGAUCCUGUGGUCACAUUUAUCACUUGAAGAUUAUUCAAGAAGGAAAAAGAAGUGCAAGGAAGUAGUAGUUUCUAAAAUUGUUGAUCUAGGUAGGAGUGUCGUUAACGGAGUAGUUACAGCCCCAGCAUGUGGGGCUGCGAGCCUGGAAUUACCAGGUAGAGGUCUUAAAAGGAAAAUUGGUUGUAUUGAUGCUGCAACUCGGUUGGGUAGGAAGAAGAAGAUUGACCAGGAGUAUGAGUUGGCUAAAACUAUUGGGAAGGGAAAGUUUGGUUCAGUGUUAUUGUGUCGGAGCAAGGCGACUGGAGAGGAUUUUGCAUGCAAGACUUUGAGAAAGGGGGAGGAGAUUGUGCACCGGGAAGUUGAGAUAAUGCAGCACCUUUCCGGGCACCCAGGUGUUGUGACUCUGAAGGCAGUUUAUGAGGAUACUGAAUCUUUCUAUUUAGUCAUGGAACUUUGUUCUGGGGGGCGUUUGCUUGAUCAGAUGGCUAGAGAAGGGCUGUAUUCUGAACAGAAGGCUGCUAACAUAAUUAAGGAAUUGAUGCUCGCUAUUCGGUACUGCCAUGAGAUGGGUGUAGUUCACAGGGACAUAAAGCCUGAGAAUAUCCUCCUCACUUCCUCUGGACAAAUGAAGCUUGCAGAUUUUGGAUUGGCUGUGAGAAUUUUAGAUGGUCAGCGCUUGACUGGUGUUGUUGGAAGUCCUGCUUAUGUUGCUCCUGAAGUUUUGGUGGGUAAUUACUCAGAGAAAGUGGAUAUCUGGAGCGCAGGUGUCCUUCUUCAUGCACUUUUGGUUGGUGUUCUUCCAUUUCAAGGUGAUUCUUUGGAAACCGUGUUUGAGGCGAUCAAGAAAGAAAAACUUGAUUUUACUGGUGGUGUGUGGGAGUCUGUAUCACAACCUGCUCGUGAUCUGCUCUCUGGAAUGUUAACAAGAAAUAUAGCCACAAGGUUUACUGCCAACGAGGUUUUAAAACAUCCUUGGAUUUCUUUCUACACUGAACCUAUGUUGAAAACCCGUGCUCUCAAACCAAACAAGAACAAUCUGAAACCGACUUCGAGGCAGCUGGCUUCUAUUCAUGGAACAGAGUCAGAGAGAAAAAGGUUGGUAUCCUGUAACAUUCUCAAUGAUGACUCCAGUCCAAGUUUAGCAUCAAGUAGUUCCACCGAAGCAGUUGAUGGAGAAGAUUGUGGUUUGGUUGAUGUACUGGCUGUGGCAAUUUCGCGUGUUCGAAUAUCUGAACCAAAAAGGAGCAGAAUAUGCAGCCCCUCGCAACAGGAGUGCUCCUCUAACUUGAAAACUAGCAACCUAUGUACAGCAUUUUGACUUCCUCUCUCCCCGGGUAUAGCUUGCUGAAGUGUGUCAACAAGUUUACAAAUAUAGCUUGGAUGAGUGAUAACUUAAUAGUCGUACAUCAAAGCUGCCUGAAAAAAUAGUGAUGGUUGAAGUCAUCAUGGUCAUGACUAAGUACUAACCAUUUUAACACUAUCAAUAACAAGUUUGCAUGGUAACCCUCAAGUAUGUGCUGUGUUUGUGUUGUAUAUUUUUUGUUUACUGUCGUUUUAGCUUGUAAUAACUAAUAUAAUGAAGCUGAUGUAUGAAGUUCAUGUAUAUAAAUCAUGUUCUGUUGA